ACAAUAAAACUGCUAGAUCUCUCAAAGUUUGGACUUUGAUCGAGUGAUUCAUGAUUGCACAUUUAAAUCUAUGUGAUAACAGUAAGAAGACAAAUAUCAAUACACUAAGAGAUCUACAUAAUUAAUAAUAAGAGUCUAUGAUAUAGACUGUAGAAUCUAGUUCUAGACAUUCUUGAAGUCGAUCUACGCCUACGGCCUAGAAAAGUAGAAUCUAGAUUAGUAGACGAUGAUAUAUGCAGAGCAGCAAGAUGAAGUCAUGUAACAUGUUUAUGAAUGAAUAGAUCUACACCUGACUUGAAUCUGGAACAUCUAUUUGGACAGUUGACCUAGUGAAAGUUAUCACCAGAAAUCUCUCGAGUCACAAUGUGGACAUUGGUCAUCAGCAUUACUACUGGUUUGGUGUUUACAGUCUUAACUGGAGUGCUGGUCUUAUUCUAUUUCUUGCCACAUAAACUAAUCAGACUCAGUUUCCUUAUACGCCAGUAUCAUGCCGGAAUGAAAAUCAAUUAUGUUGGUGAUGAAGAGAUGAUCUUCUGUUACGGAGAGCGCAACAGACCUCAGGCUAAUAAGCCGAGCAUUGUGUUUGUACAUGGGUUCUCAUCCUCCAAAGAUCAGUGGAUCUCAUGUUUUAAAGGUUUGCCCCAAGACUUACACAUGAUAGCCUUAGACUUGCCAGGUCAUGGGUUCUCAAGUUUUCCCCCAGAGGAUGUUCAACUAGGAAUUGAAUACGUUGUCCACACAUUGAAUAAAUUUUUAAAAUUAGUCGGACUAUUUGAUCACAAAAUUCAUCUUGUAGGCUCAUCAUUGGGUGGAGCCAUUGUUGGUCUGUAUGCGACAAAACAUCCCGAGAGGGUGGCCAAGGUGACCAUGAUAUGUCCAGCAAUGCAGACGCCAGUGGACAGUGACUUUGCUGUUAAGCUUAAAGAAGCCCUGGCUGAAGGGCAUGAGAAACUCUCUUUUAACGACAGUGUUCUCCUGGCCAAUAACAUUGAGGGCCUGAAGAAUCUGCUGGAGUGUAGCUGCUACAAUAAGUCUGCGUUAAAGAUAAGUGACCAGUUCUUUAAAGGAUUUCUGACACUGCGUCUACCAAAAAUGGAAUUUUACCUGAGAUUGUUCAAGGCCAUUACAACUGAGGAAAACUUUGAUUUGUUGGCCAAUAUAGCACAUGAGAUUGUGGUGCCCUCACAGCUGAUCUGGGGAAAGCAAGAUGAGCUCAUACAUGUGAGUGGAGCUGAUGUCCUGAGUGCCAGAUUGCCGAACUGUUAUUAUGUAGAUAUCAUUGACAACUGUGGUCAUGCAGUAGACCUGGAUCGACCAGGGAUACUAAACAAACAUCUACUCAAGUUUAUACGUGAAGACUGUUGCAAGGAAAUCAACACCAAGAAAAGUGAUUAGUUUAGGAUUUAUGUAGACAUUCUGUACUUACAUAUGAUAAUAAUUAAUUAGGUUGGAAUAGAUGGUUUAAUUAAUAAUUACUUUUCAGAUUGAAAUAGAUGGUAAAAUAUUUACCAGUAAUGUACAAUUUAUAAAUAUUUUUGUAUUGCAUAGGAAUUAAUUGUCCAAACUGAUAAUUAGUAGGAAUUUUUUUGCAUAGCAUAUUGUUAUCAAACUUAAGCAUUGUUGACAUAACUGAAGAAUCCAUUUUCUUAAUUGAUUGUUUCAAAUUUAAUGCUUUGACUUAAAUAUGUAAAUUGCUAAAUUAUUGAAGGCUUGUCAAGUCAAUUAACUGUGAUAAAAAAAAAAGAACAAUUUGACAAUAUUUUUAUUUUAUAUAUUAUUUGUUUACUUUUAUAAUGUAGAAAUCAUUUUUCAUUAAGUCUGUUGACUUUGUUGAUAAGUUUCAUUUUAUCACCUAUAAUUUAUUUUAUAAGUAGAAGUGUUGAAUGUUAUUGCUACUUAGAAACAAUUUUGUGUCGUGCAAAGUAAGACAUUUUUACAAUUUUAUGAUUAUUUAUCAUGAUGAAAUAAGAUAAUUUUAUAGGUCAGAAGAAUGAAGAAAUGGAAAUUUUAUUUUGACUACAAUUGUCCACCAUUGUCAACGUAACCACUAUAACAAUUACAAAAUAGAUGCAAACACGAACAAUGAUCACGGUGUUCACGUAAACAAACAAACGCACAACCAGCACUUAAUAAAUUAGACUUCUAAGUACUUUUUGUAAAUGAGUAGAGACUUUAAAAACACCCUGAUAGAAAGUGGAAUAAAUGAGUUUUUAUAUUUUGCCUUGUUUAUAGUUUAUAUUUUGAUCUAGUUUUUAAAUUUUAAAUAUUUCAAUUUCAAAGUGCCAUAAAAAAAGCUUCUGGCUCAGACAUUUAUAGACCUUGUGCGCUACAAAUAAAUAACUAAUAACUCAUGAGACAUUUUCAAAUCUGAGAAGUCAGUCAGACCUACUUUGUAAGUUGUUUUAAUGGGACAAAUGAUGUGGAGGAUCUUAGGAAUCACCAUUGACGAGUGUAAUAAAAUUGACUUACGGUGCGAGGUUAAGGUCAAACAGUUUGACUUUGUGUGUCAGGGUGAGGUCAAACAGUUUGACUUUGUGUGUCUGGGUGAGGUCAGACAGUUUGACUUUGUGUGUCCGGGUGAGGCCAAAGCUAAAUAUUUUGCUAAAUAUUUUUUUCAUAUUUCAUUAGAGUGACACUUGUUGAAGUUUCCAAAGAACCAAUCUAAAAAAAAAAAAUGUAAUAAAUUUUAAAUCUGAAGUGUUUGUGCAUGUCAUAGCUAUGGUUUUGUUGCUUUAGCUUAACUGUGUCUUUUUAUUGUAUAAAUUUUAUUGUAUAAAUUUACAUUGCAGUGUUAUUUAAUUUGUUUGUUUUUCAGCAAUAUCAUUGUGUCUAUUUUAUUUAUAUCUUUUUUCUACAUCAGGGAGUGUUGAUUGUUGGGUUUUGAUCUGGCUUCAAGAAUGAAAAAAAAAAGUUAUUUUGAUAUUUGAAAAGUACCUCAUGAGAGAGAGAGAAGGGAUUAUUUAUGAAGAGAUACUCUUAUACAAAUUAAAUAAUGUUAUUUAUUUAUUACAAUAGCAAGAAUGCCAGUAGGUCGACUUCCACAAGACAUCCUGUAUGGCGAUCUUAUUGAAGGCAGGAGAGCCACUGGUCGCCCAUUUUUACGGUAUACAGAUUACAGAUGUUUGCAAACGCGACAUGAAGCUAUUUAAAAUUGACACUAGCAGCUGGGAAAAAGUAGCACUGGAUAGAUCCACAUGGAGAGAGAGCAUAAGAGAAGGGUCUCGGAUUGCAGAUGCCAUACACAACAGAAGUAGAAAGAAGGCAGAAAAUGCAACUGCGCCUGGUGAUUUCAUAUGCCCAAUCUUCAACCGCAGUUGUGUAUCAAGGGUUGGCCUCUUUAGCCACACAAGAAGUUGCAAAGGGAAAAGAUCAUCUCUCGAGACGUAAAAUGCCACAAUAGCAAGAAAUUUCCUUUAUUUUUUUUUUUUUUUUUU